GUCUUCUAAGACAACUGCGGCUACAGGGAGCCCCUGAGCUCUGGGAAUUACACUGCUCAGGAAUCUACUGAAGCACCAAAAAGGCAUCUUCACAGAAGAAAUAAACUCAACACACAAUCACAUACUCUAUGCCAUCUGCGCUAACACCCGCUUUUUUUUCUAAAGUGCAUGUGGUGCCAACCCCUCCACCUUUACAAAUAAGAUAAGGACAGUGCUGCAACAACUCUCCUGGCAUCUUGGUAAUGUUUAACUCGAUAAUUAUUCUUUGGGGGAGCAGGAAUUGCAAAUAGACAGAUUUCUGUAGCAGCUCUUUUUUCUAACCCUUUUGAAUACGUUUAAAUACAUUUGACGUGGGCACAAAAUGGAAAAGACAUCAGAAAAAGAUCUCCCGCCGCCCGAGAGGAAAGAUCCUGAUGACGAAGAAGGGGGGAUUCGCCGCAGGCUGAGAGACAGAGACCUCCUCAGGAAGAGGAAGGCUGAGGCACAAGAGAAAGCAACUAACCAGUGGGUUUAUGGGGCCCAGAGUAGAAGAAAGCGAGAGAGCCGAGAAGAGAGCGCAGAGGUAAGAAGGGGCGGCCCAGGAAGAUUAAUCCUCCAUUGGAGGCACCAGGGCCUCAGGACGAGAUCCCUUUUGUAGAUGUGGUCCCUGCCCCAGAGGUUGAGACUGAGCCUUUGCCCACCAUUCAUGAAAUGCCUCCAAAAUUUGUGGAGCCCCAGUUUGUUUCUGCCGCCAUUGCUUUCUCUGUGCCAUCUCCGGGUCCACUCCCGGCCUCUAUUUCUGCCCCGGCUCUGGUCCCGGUUCCUGCCCCGGCCUCUGUUUCUGCUCCAGCUCCAGCCUCUGUUGCUGCCCAGGCCCUGGUCCCGGUUCCAGCCCUCUCUGUUCCUGCAGCAACAGCAAGUAGUGGGUCUGCAGAGGAAGUCCUGAUUGAAGACUUGGGGCCAGAUGAGGAAGAGGACCUUCCUCAAGGGGAUCUGAUCAUUGACCAGGGCGCGAGUGAAGAGCCGCCAGCUGAUGUGCCUGAACAGAAUAAGAUGUUUUCAUACCCACUGUUUGUUUCCCCACCACCUCAGUCGGAAUACCUUCCAGGAAAUUUCAUAUAAUGCAGUAUUUCUUUUCAUCCAUACAUAUCAAAUUAAGCUAUACAAAAGACAAACAAAAUGCCUGUUAAUAAAGUAGACAAAUGUUGUGAAACAAGUCUUGCCUUUGUUUUUUAAGAACAUUCUGUGUUGUUGGGCUGUCAAGAUAUUUGAAAAACUAAAAAUGUGCAAAAAAUUAAUAAAUGUUAUUGUUAUUUUGACACUUCUUUUUAUUUACUUCAUUGUUUCAUACUGAUUACUAGGCUUACUUUUCUCACACGUGUAGAAUGCCUAUUGGACAGCCUUCAUUACAAGCGCAAAAAAUCAGCUUCUGUCAUAUAAUCAGUUAGCUAACAAUAUUUGCCAAAAGGCACAAAGGUUUAGGAUUUUUUUCCCUUGACUGAAAUGGCCGACUGUUCUCUAAAUUAUGCUCCAACACUGCCCCCUGGUGUUCACCACUAUAAAGUUUAAUCGCGAAACAUUGUGCCAUAAAACAAAUGCCGUUCAUCCACAUCUAUCUACACAUGGACAUAGAAAGCUGAAAUACAAAAGAGGAAAUUUAAGUUGUGUAAUGCACACACUGUGAGCUAACUGCAUGCACGCAAUAACUUAAAAACAAACCACAUAACCACGUGUACUUGACUGGUUGUCCACCAUAUUCUGUGUCAGCCACACGUUUUCCUGUCACAGCCGUUGUAAACUAGCUAGUUUAGCUUGCGCCCAUGAACAUAAGUAGACCUUCUUGUAUCUAUGAUUGCGCCAUAUGACAGAAAUUGAAAUUAAAUGGUGGAUAAUUUAUGUCUGUAGAGACGAUACAUUUUAACUGUCGAUUUAGCUCAUGUAAGAACGAGCAAUGUCACAGCCGUCUUGCAGCUGUUGUGGAGAUCAUGUCAAGAGUCUCCAGCAGCAAAUAUCGGUCAUGCGAAAGGAGCUGAAAAAUCUAAGGCAGCGCGCAGAUAGCUCCACACGCUCAAACAGGAAACACAUGACUACUUUACAGUCGGUUUUGUCAACCAUUAGUCAAGACCCGCACAUCAAAGUGUCGGAGCCAAAUGCUGAUGAAAAGUUGGAAAGUGACAAUAACACUGAUUUGCCAUUUUUAGGAUGUAUCAACACAGUUCCCAUUGGGUACAUAAACUCUUGCUUUGGCCCAAAAAUGGUAACUCCACGACAGCCUACUGUAUGUGGUCCAUCUCGUGCUACCCUGCAGAUUCAGCAGACUGUCUUCAGCAAUCCAGACCAUCCCCUGAUUGGACUGGAACAGUACUCACAUGUGUGGAUAAUCUUCCUCUUCCACAAGAAUGGUCACCUGAGCUUUAAGGCCAAAGUGAAGCCUCCACGUCUGAAUGGCCAGAGGGUGGGAGUGUACUCCACUCGGAGCCCACCGCCCAAUGCCCUGGGCUUGACUUUGGCCAAGCUUGAGCGGGUUGUAGGUGAUACACUUCACUUGUCAGGCGUUGAUAUGAUUAUGGGCACUCCUGUCCUGGACAUAAAGCCAUACAUUCCGGACUAUGACUGUCCACAUGCUCGUGUCGGGGCAGGUUCAGAGGAGGGUAGCUUGCCCUCGGGAGAGGAGCCAGAGGAUGAGAGGGAUGCCAGGCAGCCAGUCCCUCCAGCCACAAACACAGCAGGGGCUUCAUCAACACUCCGCCAAGCCUCGUCCAAAGAGGAUGGCUUCAGUCCUUUAGGAGCGGUGCUGUCUGAGGUGAAGGACUACCUCCAGCAGGGGGAGUUUGCCAUAAGCAGGCCUGCUGAAGACGGAGCAGUAGAAGCAGAGCACAGUGACAUGGUUCUCGCUGGACCUCCGGGGGAGCUGGCAGGCAAGCUCCACUUUGGAGAGGAGUCCUACAGCACCAUUGCUUCCUGGAUCAGACAGCCUCCCGUGAGCACCCUGGAGGUGCGCUUCACCCACAAUGCUGAGAGAGAGCUCAAAGAGUUUGUGGCCUCUGAUAGUACAGUAAUUGGGAAGCCGAGAUUCAGGUUCCUGAAAAACUCUGAUGAGGCGGUGGCUGCCGUUAGAGCUGUUCUGUCUGCUGAUCCUCGCUCCGUUUACCGACGAACCCGUUGCCAGGACCGCCUCUUCUACUUCACCAUGGAUACGGCUGAUAUCACCUGCUGGUUUGGAGACGGUUUUGCGGAGGUGUUACGAGUUCAGCCUCUGAAGCUUUAGUUCCAACCCAGGCAUGCUCUGUGCUCCAGAAAGUGCCCUUCUGACCACCUACUCAACUAUUUGUUCUGUUUUUCGGUAUUUGAUUUGCAAUCACAUGGUUUGUGUUGUUUUAAUCAUGUGCUUCUGUUUGGUUCUACUUUUAAACUGAAGUUGAUGCCUAUCAACAAUCAAGAUUCACUUGUGCAAUACUAUCAUGUAGAGUAAAACCAUUCCUGUAAA